AUUUUCAUCCAUUUUUGACUAAUGGCAUUUGAUAAUGCAGGGAAAUCAAUCUCGAAAUCAGUUUUAGUGUUUGCAUAAAUCCCUCAGCGAGCCAAAGAAAUGUAUGUAUAUGAUUAAUAGAUUAAGUUUAUUUACUGAAUAUUCUAGUCCUCACCUAAGAUUACGUCCUUACAUAAGAUUAUACAGCAGUCUUUUGGACUAAAACUUGGAACAAUAGGAUUAAUGUGAACGUCUUCAGGGUGUGAUUUUUAGAUCAGUAAUAUGAUAUUCAAGCUGGGUUUUCCCUGUAAAGACCUAUUUAUACUAUAUACGAUUUAUAGUAUACGAUUCUUACUCUGGCGUAUGUGAACGUAUGAAUACACGUACGAACGUGACAUUUUAAACUCCACCCUGAACAAUACAAAUAAAGAUAGUUGCAUAGGCCCUCUUGCAUUCGUCAGAAUGAUAAUUGCCUACAACUUACCGUGCAGUCUAAAUAGGCCUAAAGAAUAUUGGGAUUAUUGUCAGUAUAGAGAUUAUUUCUGGACAAGAAACGCAGGAUUAUUGUAGAUCUUUUGCAAGAAUAUUUGCAUGUGUUUUUUACCUGAUCUGCAAUUUAUGUUAUUUUUUAUGUAAGAAGAGCUUGCACAUGAGCGAUGAAUAUUUCAAUUUUAAAACAAUCAACAAUAGAUGCAUAACAGGCAUACUCUAUAUACCUGCUGCGAAACAGCAUGUCUCGUCUUUCAAUUAAACUUUCAUCAGUACGAGUAGAAAUGACGUCUUCUUGCGUAUUUCGUGUCUGGAAAUAACGUCAUAUUGGAGACAAUCAGACGUGUAAAGUGAUCAGUUAUCUUAAAACUAGCCUUGGUUGCAUAGCAGAAUAAAGAACGUGGCAUCGACGCGCUGUCUCGCUUGCUUAACCUUGAGAAAGCCACGUCAGUCAAAACUACAUAGUUUAUAUUGUAUGACAAAUACAAGAUCCGUCGUUUUGACUUGUCUUUGCUAUUCUACUUCAGAUCAUACGCAAUAUUUUGCUGUCGCCAUUCAUUGCUGGCGAUGACGUAAGCCGCGUCUGACAUGCGCACAAUUGCAUGACGAAACCUUGGCCUUGAAUCAUAAUACCUCAAGUAGAAUCUAGAAUGAACUAGAGCCUGUUUGAGGAACAGAUAUUGAAUCACCAGUCCCAGAAAGUAGCAGUUUACUUAAAACCGUUAAAGUUUUAGCAUAAUGAGCUAAAAAUUGCUAAAUAAUAGUUAAGAUGAGAUUAUGAACGAAAGAACUAGAUGUUAUUGUCUUUCCUUGUGGUCGAAAGCCCCAAAAUGAUUGAAUUGUGGUUUAUUCAAUGAAUAGGUCUGACCAGAUGAAUAUCGUAACUCUAUAUGGUUCGAAACCUUGAAGCCAUUAUUGGUUUUGGUGUCUUAAAGGUCUUUCAGCUACGUCUAAGAGAUUAAGUAAUAGUUAUAUGCAUAAUAUUUACUCGUGAUCUUACGUUACGCUACCGUUCCUGCAUUGUGAAAUGUUGUGAGAUUGUUACUACGUCGCGAUAUGGUGUCCACAUAACCUAUCCUUCAUGCACACUUAGCAGUAAUUACAACCCGUUGUCCUGGUAGGCUCUACUUCGCUAAUUAGCAGCAAAGAGAUGCUCUUUUUGUAGUUGCAGGGGGUAACGGUCAUUGACGUAUCCGGAGUCACUUCUUGCAAGUUGCGAAACCACUUGCAAAAAUUUCCUAACGUUUUCUAAUUUUAUAAGUCUAUUCUUACACUCUGUGGCUUCAUGACUGGAGUAGAAUUAUUUAUUCAAUGUUUACAUUAUUUUUUAAAACAUCACGUACAUUCGAAGUCUCAAAAACCGGAGUUUCUGCCAAUGUAAAAAUCCGUGAUAGGAAAUCUCUACCAAUUAACUACGCUUUUUAUGGCAUUUCCUUAUUCUCUAACAAGAGAUGAUAGAAACUGUACUCACGAAAUGCUUCACCUUGUUUAAUGUUUACUGUGGGUGAUGCAUGUACAAUAACAUGACUCGAGGUGCAUUAGUUGUCAGCCUUUAAACCACAGUUUUAUUCUACCCCGAUAACUUGGUCCAUGCAGUGGAACAGAGAGUUGCAGGGGGAAAUUAGGUUAACACAAAAUAAAGUAUUUUUAUGAAAAGGAGACGAUAUUUCUACAUAACGCAAGGUUCAGAUGUAAUUUGCACAAAAAUGCUUCGUCAUUGAACGUUUUUACGCCACGUUGCUCGCUGGCCAACAUCAUCCACGCAGCAUAAUUGACAUGACAUAAAACUUUCAAAAUGUUCGUAAAAGGGUCACGGAUAGAAAUUCAAACGAGCCUUGGUUCUGCAUGUAGCACAAUAUUCAAAUCAUGACUGGUCACGUCUCUUUGUCGAACCCUGUCGUGCUGUGAAUGUAAUAUGAAGAGACGAAAAAAAUGGUUUACAUUCGUACAAUUUAUUAAUUGAUUUUGUUGCUCGCAAUUUUGCAAGAAUUAGCUGCUCAACUUGGAAGAUGUUGGCUUCAGCAUGGAAGGAAGAAAAUUAUAAACUAAACAUCUAGAUAUUUUCGUUAUGCAACGCAAUUUUGUCUUUAUAAUGAAACUAUAAUUGACACGUAUUUUAUGACAACGCCAGUUAUCUAGGGUCAGCUGUUCCACGACUGACUGACAGCUCAGUGUAACCACAUGAUUCAAGAUCGCAUGAUGUCUUACUACAUUGCAUGUUUCAGCAAUGAAACAUCGUCACAUGUCCUACUGUUUGAACCGGAAUUCUUAGGGCUUGCGGAAGUCUUAUAAGACAAUUGUGCGGGUAAUUUUCAUUUAUGAAUUACUUUUCAAUUUUACGUUUAAGUUUCUUUCAUGAUGAUACACAGGAAGCAAUAUUUUGCUAGGGUAACCGUGGCCAUUUUCUAGCAAGUAGUUAAACGCAAACUGGCUAUGUGUGAUGUCUUGUACAAUGAUGUUACACGAGUUAGUGCCAUUUACUGACACAGAUGCAACACGAAAGGGAAAAACCUUUCCCAACUUGACCUUUCAAUUGUCCGUCACCCUGAUUGGUUGACCCUAUAUGGCCCUGUUCUUUGAUUGGUUGAGCACAGGCAGUCGACGAGUUCUGACCAAUCGCAGGCACCGGAAGACUUAAUGAAAUGUGUAAAGCAAUUGUUUACGUCCGAGCUGUCAAGUACCUUGCACUUUCAUCAUGAAUGUGCUAAAGCGGAACAUUUCACAAGCCAACAUUCAGUUGCAUGUUCGACUUCAAGAAGAACAGAAGUAUCUGUGAUCGAUCUCUUCCGAUGAAAAUGAAACCUUUGGAUGAAAUAGCCAAAAUUAACUUACCCAUGUGUGAAAUGUAUUUGGAGUCUGAGGAAGAUACCUUGGAAAAGACCGCAAGACGAAGAACAUCAAGUGUAAAUACGCUUUCACGUCCUUCAAAGAGUAAAAUGUUUGAGGAUUUUGAAGAUUCGUGUUAUCCUGUCAUCGAGUUUGGUCGUGUUCUUGGUAGCGGUGGUUUUGGUCAGGUCUUCGAGGCAAAAUGCGCAGGAAGAAAGGUUGCCGUGAAACAGUUAACACUCAAAUCAAAACUGCGUAACGCAAAUGCACCUGCAGAGAGUUUACGAGCUGAGAGUCUUUUGUUGGAGUACAGUCAUAGAAACCUCGUUGAAAUUUUAGCCGUCUUGAACAGUGAUUCAGUCGAAGAGUGUUUGAUUGUUAUGGAGUUUGCAGGAGAGAGGAAUUUGCAAACAAUAAUAGAUGAUGAAUGUACUCCACUACCUGAAAAGCGCAGGAUUCGUAUUGCAUUGGACAUUGCAAGUGGUUUAGAAUUCAUGCACGAACAGGGACUAGCGCAUCUUGACAUUAAACCGGCCAAUGUGAUCGUGAACUCUGAAUUUGAUUGUAAAAUUUGUGAUUUCGGCUGUUGCCAGUAUGUUGAGUUCGGUGAUACGAAAGAUUUCCAACCUCCGAGUCCCACUAACUCCAGCCUAGCAGGUACCUACACGUAUCGAGCGCCAGAGUUACUCAAGGGUGAGUUUCCUACAACGAAAGCUGAUAUAUAUUCACUUGGUAUUUGUUUAUGGCAGUUGUACGUGAGAGAACAACCCUAUGGCAUGGAGAGUCAUUUUGUUAUUAUCUUUGGUGUUGUACAAAAAAAUCUACGACCACAGUUUCCAACGGAUAUUGUUAACGACACUACUAACGCAAUGUAUGUCAACUUGACAUCAUCUCUCUGGCACGCGGAAGGCAGUCAAAGACCUGCUGCCAGUGAACUUGUAAGGACCUUGAAAAAUUGGCCUGUGACCUUGAAAAGAUAGGAGAGGAGCAAACAACUGGACUAAUAAUAUACGAAGCUGUAAAUUUGCAUUACGUUCGGCUGGACCGGACCGAAACCUGAAGUGUAUAUAAACAAUAUCAAUCGAAAGUGCGAUUUCAUUUGCGUUUUCAAUUUUCCUUCAUAACUUAAAGCGCAAGUUCGCAAGAAUAGUUUUAUAAAUAGAUGCAAAAUGAAAGUAAAUUUGAGGAAGAGAUAUUUAUUUCGUUGGAAGAAAUGUAUUUUUGUUACUGACGGCGAGCAGUCUCCAAGGAGAUGCUUCAUAGUAAUAUUUUUGCAAAACAAUGUUUGUGGUUGAAACUGUGUAGGUGGUCGCAUAGUUCACUCAAGGACAAUAGAUACAUUCGUACAAACGUCCUCCUACACAUUCCAACACUUUGAGCUAUUCCUAUAUUUUUAGACAUAGAAAUUUCAGCUAUUCUCUCGCUGGUAGACGAAAAUCGAUUUUAAACUUCGAGCAAGAAUUGCUUUACAAACUAAAUCUCUUUUAGAGAUCUUGAUUAUUUCAAGGAGCUUUUACUAAAUCUCGCUGGCUAAAUCCUGUCGAGAUCUAGGAAAGUUCCUGUUUGAGGAGAAUUUUUUCCUUAUAUACACCUCACCUCUUCUCAUCCUACUAGGAAGAGACUAUAUAGCACACCUCAAACGGCCUACGCUUAAAAUCAACCAGGAGGUGUAGAAUUUCCUCCUCCCUAAAUCAUUCGUUUCAAUUCACCCCACCAUAUAUGAAUCGGACAUCGAAAAUUAACACAGGAAAUAUUCAUAUUAGCGAGAGACUAAAUGUAGGAAGCUCACCCUUGUAACAUAAUUCCAUGGUCUAGAUCAUUUGACAUGUGUAUAUUGUGUAUAUAUAAUGUUACCUAAUGAUAAAUAUUGAUGUAUAUAUAUAAGUAAAAAGUCUAUUUUAU